AUGUCUAAUAACAAAGCUAUAUUCUUUUCUUUGUUUUCUUCCUUUCUCAUUUUAACUCUAGCCUUGCUGUGCACUGCAGCUGAUGAAGAUAGAAAGACCUAUAUUGUGUACUUGGGAUCACUCCCCAAGGGGGAAUAUUCACCAUCAGCUCAGCAUCUUAGUUUGCUUCAAUCAGUUUCUGAUGCCAGCUCUCUAGAUAAUUCACUGAUAAGAAGUUACAAAAAGAGUUUCAAUGGAUUUGCUGCCAAGCUCACUACUCAUGAGAUGCAACGAUUAGCUGGGAUGAAGGGAGUAGUCUCUGUUUUCCCAAGCAGAACUUUCAGAGUUCAAACAACUAGAUCCUGGGACUUCAUCGGUUUACCUGAGAAUAUCUCACGGAAUCCUACUUCUGACAGACUCAGUGAUACUAUAGUUGGUGUUAUUGAUACUGGAAUCUGGCCUGAAUCAGCAAGUUUUAGUGAUGAGGGUUUUGGUCCUGCUCCAAAGAAGUGGAAGGGCAAAUGUGCAGGUGGCAGAAACUUCACUUGCAACAACAAGAUCAUCGGAGCCCGAUUUUAUUCCUCCAGAGGCUCCGCUGAUUCUGCCAGGGAUGAUACUGGUCAUGGAUCCCAUACUGCCUCUACAGCAGCUGGGAGCAAAGUAAAAGAUGCCAACUUCUACGGAUUGGCAAAAGGAAUUGCAAGGGGAGGGGUAUCUUCUGCAAGAAUCGCUGCAUAUAAAGCCUGCAACGCAGAUGGAGGUUGCGAAGGAGUUGAUAUCUUGGCUGCAUUUGAUGACGCAAUUGCGGAUGGAGUAGACAUUUUAACAGUCUCAUUAGGAUCAGAUGCUCCAAUUGAUGUUUCUGUGGAUGAGAUAGCAAUUGGUUCUUUUCAUGCCAUGCAAAAUGGAAUACUUACAGUAAAUUCUGCAGGCAACAGUGGUCCUAAAGUGAGAAGUGUGUCGAGUGUAGCGCCCUGGAUGCUUUCUAUAGCAGCAAGCAGCACGGAUCGCAAAUUCAUUGAUAAAGUUGUUCUUGGAAAUGGAAAGACAUUACUUGGAAGUUCUAUCAAUUCCUUCAAUCUAAAACGAAAAAAGUUUCCUCUGGUAUAUGGAUCUCAAGCCACAAGCCUAUGCUCUGAAGUUGGUGCUCGGUCGUGUAGUGAGUUUUGCAUUAACAGCACAUUGGUAAAGGGGAAGAUUGUGCUUUGUGAUAACUUCAAUGGAAACUCGGAGGUCCAUAGAGCUGGUGCACUUGGAACAAUCUUGAGAGCCAGCCAAUUUGAUAAUAUUGCUUUUGUUGUCCCACUUCCUGCAUCUGCUUUAACAUCUGAGGACUACAGUUUGGUCACUUCCUACCUGAGAUCCACCAAAUCACCUGAAGCAAGUAUAUUAAAAAGUGAAGUUAUUACGGAUUCUACUGCACCUGUAGUUGCUUCCUUCUCUUCACGGGGCCCAAAUGCCAUAGCACCAGACAUUAUGAAGCCAGACGUAAGUGCUCCAGGGGUUGAUAUAUUAGCUGCGUACAUACCCGUUGUUUCACCGUCCUCCGGUGAUAGGAGGCGAGUUGAAUACAAUAUACUCUCAGGAACGUCCAUGUCUUGCCCCCACGCUGCUGCAGUAGCAGCUUAUGUCAAGGCUUUUCAUCCUGAUUGGUCUCCUUCAGCCAUCAAAUCUGCUAUUAUGACUACUGCUUUGCCGAUGAAUGCUACCAAUAAUCCUGACGCUGAAUUUGCUUAUGGAUCUGGGCAUAUAAAUCCACUUAAGGCUGUUCAACCUGGAUUAGUGUAUGAAACAUUGAAAGAUGACUACGUAAAACUGUUGUGCAGCAUGGGCUAUGAUACAGGUUCAGUUAGAGGCAUAACAGGGGAUAACAGCAGUUGCCCAAAGGGUAGUGACGAAGCAUCACUCAAGGAUUUCAAUUAUCCUUCGUUAACUUCUAGAGUGUCGAUAGGCGAAUCCUUCAGAGUUAAAUUUCAUAGAACAGUAAAAAAUGUUGGCCCUGCAAAAUCCACGUACCAGGCCAUAAUCUAUCCAAAAUCAGAACUUAAUAUCACAGUGAAACCUCCAGUUCUCUCCUUCCAGUCUAAAAAUGAGAAGCAAUCUUUUGAUGUGACUGUUGCCGGUAGGAGUUUGCAAGUCGGAGCAAUGGUGUCUACAUCGCUGGUGUGGUCUGAUGGAACUCGCAGAGUUAGAAGUCCAAUUAUUGUGCAUGCUAAAUAG